CUUAAAAUUAAAUUAUUAUGACCUUGCUUGGUUUAUUAAUACAAACACCACAAAAACCUUAAUAAAAGAGUGUUAAAAUUCUUUAAAAAAAAUUAUCAAUUAACAAUUUCAAGUGAGCAAUCAGUUGCGCACAGUGUCACGUGACUACUAGUAGAAACGACCAAUCAAAAGCAUCGAUUUUGCGCCCUAGAGAUUUCAAAUAGAGGGCUGAAAAGGGGAAACCCUCACUCACCUUUGUGCUGCUGGGCUACCAUCGGUAAAAGUAGUUUUAUAGUGAGUUUUUUAAACAACUAUUUGAUUCUAUAAGAAAAAGUUGUGUACUGGGGCCAAUCCUACUAUCGAAGAAAAUUAAAUGCCAGCAGGACCUGGAAACGCCAGUGGUGGCGGUUCGUACGUGUCGAUGGGUACGCAGGGGGGCGGCGAAAAUGUUUACCGCCCCACGACGGUGCCGGAAAGCGCCACCACCACUGGACUUCUGGACGGAAUGAAACGGUAUUUUGGAUUUGCGAGAGACGACGCUGAUAAGGUGGGAUCUGUGUCUACAAGGACAGAAGUCGUGAAUCCGAGCAAAAUGCCAACUUCCGGUAUAGCUGAAGAAGCGGCCCUUUUAGGCACGAUGCCAUCUGACUCGAUGGACGACAUCGAACUCAAAAACAUCAAAUUGCAAUUUCCACACGUCCGAUCGAUGUCCAGGGAGGAUUCCAAUGCUUUAGAAGAAGUUGUGGAAACUGACCGUGGAAACGUGGUUGUUGCCAUACAAGGCAACAGAAACAAACCCGCUAUCGUGACUUAUCAUGAUUUAGGUUUAAAUUAUGUUUCAAAUUUCCAAGCUUUCUUCAACUACAUCGACAUGAGGGCUUUGAUAGAAAACUUUUGCAUUUAUCACGUCAAUGCGCCUGGACAAGAGGAAAAUGCUCCAACAUUGCCUGAAGAUUUUAUUUAUCCAACAAUGGACGAACUGGCUGACCAACUAGUCCAAGUUGUGCGACAUUUCAAUCUGAAACAGUUCAUCGGUUUUGGAGUGGGAGCUGGCGCCAACAUUUUGUGCCGCUACGUCCUCAACCAUCCAGAAAUGGUGUCCGCUCUAUGUUUGAUCAACUGUACGAGUACGCAACCCGGCUGGAUUGAGUGGGGCUACCAGAAACUGAACACCCGGCAUUUGAGGUCCAAAGGCAUGACCCAAGGGGUUUUGGAUUAUUUGAUGUGGCACCAUUUUGGACGAAACACUGAAGAUCGUAACCACGACCUGGUGCAAGUCUACAAGUCCUACUUUGAAAGGAACGUGAACCCUGUGAAUCUGGCUUUGUUCAUUGACAGUUACGUAAAAAGAACAGAUUUGAACAUCCACCGAGAUCCAGAUCCCAGCAAGAAAAACGCCUCAACUUUAAAAGUGCCGGUCAUCAACAUUACCGGUGCUCACAGUCCCCACUCGGACGACACUGUGACUUUCAAUGGAAGAUUAGAUCCUACAAAUUCUUCAUGGAUGAAGAUUUCUGAUUGUGGCAUGGUUUUGGAAGAACAACCGGGCAAAGUCAGUGAAGCUUUCAGAUUGUUUUUGCAAGGCGAAGGCUACGCUGUUCAUGUGAGACGAAGAUCUAGCUGUAUGAGUGUUGGUUCGUUAGGAACGUCACCAAAGUAAAAAAAAAAGCUUUUAUAAAUAGGGUAUAAGUUUGCUUUAAAGUGAGGUCAGCGACUAUGGACAUUGGCUCCGCUGUCUCCCGUAAAAAUGGCCAUGUUCCGUAAACAAUCGCUGGAAGAAUUAUUUAGGGCCCGACUUCAAAGUACCGGUCAGUGCUUGCAAGGAAUUAUUAACAUUACAGAAAAUCCUAUAUCGGCUGUAGUUUGUUAAACUCACUUAAAUUUUUGAAUCUCAUUUAAAAACUAUAGAUUAUUUAGAAGCUAUUUUUGGAUUGGGGACACAAAAUCAAACUACAGGGAAUGAUUUAUAAUUUUACAUUAGGAUUGGAGGGUAAAAACUGUAUUGAAAUUUAUGUGAUAAAUCAAUGAGGACAAUAAUAAAUUUCAAUACAGAAAUUUCAAUAUAAUAAUUUCUUGGCCACUGCCUCUAUAUCAAGGAAAUAGAAGAAGCGAAGCACAUAUCCUACACAUUGAACUAUAAAGGAAUUUUUAUAAAUUUGAUUUUUAAAUAAAAAACAGAGCUUAUUUUACAUAAAUAAUUUGAAUCCUACCUAGACAAAGGAGGAAUUGUAUUAAUUUAGAAAUAGUAUAUGCUUUGUAGAUAUUCUUUAUUUUGCCAGGGUGUUCAAUCAAUCAAAAAAAAAUUAUUAUAAUAAUAAUAAUAAUUCACCCUGUAUAAUAUGUAUUAUUAGUAGUAUUUAGGCCGUGUUGCUUUUUAACUUUUUAAGUAUAAAAUAAUAUAUUUUUAAGACGAGCUUUUUUAUUUUUUGUUUCAAACUACAGUAUGCUUUAGUUUAAGGCCGAUUUCAAGUGCAAAAACUAAUUUAAAUGUGAUGGAAUUAUAAAAAUAAAAUACUUUAUAUAAGAAAAAUAAUGCGCAUUGUGCCUCACUUUUGAUUAUAAUUUAAGUUAAGCACUGAUUGAUUUUAAUAAAAAUUGUUUGAAAAAAUGUUUGAAAUUA